AUGGAAACAUCAUUGAUUUUCUUUUCUCAAUUAAAUAUGUGUGAACCAAAAGAAAAAACCUUUUUCAAGUUAAUAUAUGGUUCAGGAAAAGAAGAAACAAGCAAAGAAGCCAAAAUCAGAGCUAAGGAAAAAAGAAAUAGGCUAAGUCUUCUUGUGCAGAAACCUGAGUUUCACGAAGAUACUCUUUCCAGCAGAUCUGGGCAAUUGGCCAAAGAAACAAGGAUCUCUCCUGAAGAAGCAGUGAUAUGGGGUGAAUCAUUUGACAAACUGCUUUCCCAUAAAGAUGGACUGGAGACUUUUACCAGAUUUCUUAAAACUGAAUUCAGUGAGGAAAACAUUGAAUUUUGGAUAGCCUGUGAAGAUUUCAAGAAAAGCAAAGACCCUCAACAAAUAAUUCAUAAAGCAAAAGCAAUAUAUGAGAAAUUUAUACAGAAUGAUGCUCCACAAGAGGUUAACCUUGAUUUUCACACCAAAGAAAUCAUCACCAGGAGCAUCACCCAACCCACCCUCCACAGUUUUGAUACUGCACAAAGCAGAGUGUAUCAGCUCAUGGAACAAGACAGUUACACACGUUUUCUGAAAUCUGACAUCUAUUUAGACUUGAUAGAAGGAAGACCUCAGAGACCAACAAAUCUUAGAAGACGAUCACGUUCAUUUACCUACAAUGAAUUCCAGGAUGUAAAGUCAGAUGUUGCCAUUUGGUUAUAA